AUGGCUUCUGUGAGUAGUGCCGGGAAUGUCCAACCUCAACUCCCAAGGUUUGAUGGGAAGAAUUUUGAGCAUUGGAAGAUCCAGAUGGAGGUGCUGUUCGGAUUCCAGGAGCUGACCGAGAUUAUCGAAGAAGGAUUCGUCGAGCCAGAAGCAGCGGCAGAUUCGACAACGGAGGAGCAGAGGACGAUAAAAGAAAAUCGUAAGAAAGAUCGUAAGGCUCUCUUUUACAUCUUUCAAGCGAUAGAUUCGUCAAUCUUUGAAAAAGUGGCGAAUUCGAAGACGGCGAAGGAAGCAUGGGAUACUCUCAUCAAAAUUUACAAAGGCGUUGAGAAGGUCCAGAAGGUUCGGCUUCAGACUCUUCGUCGACAAUACGAGCUCCUUCAAAUGGAAAAGUCGGAGUCCAUUUCUGACUAUUUCUCACGCGUAUUGGCUCUUGUCAAUCAAAUGAAGGCCAAUGGUGAGACUUUUGGCGAUCAACAGAUCGUCGAGAAGAUUCUUCGGACGCUAACGUUGCAGUUCGAAUAUAUUGUGACUUCCAUUGAAGAAUCCCGUGAUCUCUCAGUUUUGACCGUGGAUGAGUUGAUUGGCUCUCUACAAAUGCACGAGCAACGACUCAAGGAGAAGUCCAAGACGGUGGAGGAGGCUCUACAAAGCCAGUAG